CCAGGUGGGGAAGCUUUGGAGCCCGGUUCAAUGGGCAGGCGUGUGCUCCGUGCAUCUGCCUCUCGCAGACUGGGGACAAGCGGGAACUGCUUGGAUCGUUUGUGGACUUUGCGGAGCUUCUUUGGGGUCUGCCAAGCUAACGUGUGCUUCUGCCCAAGGAUGACCCUGCUCCGGAGCAGCCCUGAGCUCUCCUGAUGGGGAGAGGCGUCUCGUGGCAGCAGCCCUUCUGCUGCAGCCAGAGCAAGGAGGCACCAGCAGGAGCAGCCGCUGCAACCACAGAGGUGAAGAGCUUUGGGAAGAGGUUGGUUCAGAAAGGAGGGAGAUGCAUGCCUUUGACCCUGACCAUCUCGUGGACUCACCCAGAGCCCUUUUUCUUCUUUGGGAAGUGCUGAAAAUACGUGAAUAAGCCAAGACACUUGUUUCUGGAGUGUUAGCUGUGGACUCACCUCUCUGGUACCUGAAGCCAACAGAUGACAAAGGAUUUCUCAGUGGGAAGAGGACAGUGCUUUCUCUAGGUCUUUUGAAAUAAAAGCAACGCUCCUUUUUCCCCUUCCCUUUCACGGGCAGCAUACAGGGGAGAAAAAGAAGUGUCCCAUAUAAACGCAGUUCAGGAUUCUAGCAGCUUACUAGUAACAUUGCCCAAGUGGAUGGAGUGAAAACUGGAGAGCAGCGCACGUCGUACGAACAUGAAGAUGCCGUCAGCAUCUUCCAAACCCCAGGUCUCACCUGGGAACUUAACAGCAAGAGCUGUCUGCAAAAUUGUGCCUAGCAGACCUCAGCCCCGCUGCUUCCUUCUGCCAGUGGGCUUGGAGCUGUGGGUGUACGUUCAGAAAAUGCGCAACCUGCAGAAGAAGAGAAUGGAGGCGUCCUGCCUGGAGCUGGCCCUGGAAGGAGAGCGCUUGUGCAAGGCAGGGGACUUCAAAGCUGGGGCAGCCUUCUUCGAAGCAGCGGUGCAGGUGGGGACGGAGGACCUGAAGACUCUCAGUGCCAUCUACAGCCAGUUGGGCAAUGCUUAUUUCUACCUAAAGGAGUACUCCAAGGCCCUGGAGUACCAUAAGCACGACCUUACGCUGGCCAGAACCAUUGGGGACCGCAUUGGAGAAGCCAAGGCAAGUGGCAACCUUGGGAACACACUGAAAAUACUCGGGCAGUUUGAUGAAGCUGUUGUUUGUUGCCAGAGACAUUUGGACAUUUCCCAGGAGCAGGGAGACAAGGUGGGUGAAGCCAGAGCACUCUAUAAUAUAGGAAAUGUUUACCAUGCAAAGGGAAAGCAUUUAUCUUGGAACAUGGCCCAAGACCCAGGCUACCUGCCGCAAGAUGUCAAGGAGACUCUACAGAAAGCUUCAGAAUAUUAUGAGAGGAACCUGUCCCUGGUGAAGGAGCUGGGGGACAGAGCUGCACAGGGCCGUGCUUACGGCAACCUUGGCAACACCCAGUACUUACUGGGCAACUUCACUGAAGCCAUCGCCUUCCACAAGGAGCGCCUCGCUAUUGCCAAGGAGUUUGGGGACAAGGCAGCCGAGCGGAGAGCGUACAGCAACCUGGGCAACGCACACAUCUUCCUUGGGAGGUUUGACAUCUCUGCUGAAUACUACAAGAAAACACUCCAGCUCUCCAGACAACUCAAAGACCAAGCAGUAGAAGCCCAGGCUUGCUACAGUCUUGGAAACACGUACACGCUGCUUCAAGACUAUGAAAGAGCAAUCGAGUACCAUCUAAAACACCUGGUGAUAGCACAGGAGCUCGGAGACAGGGUGGGAGAAGGAAGAGCCUGCUGGAGUCUCGGAAAUGCCUAUGUCUCCUUGGGGAGCCAUGAACAAGCUCUGCACUUUGCAAGGAAGCAUCUCGAAAUCUCCCAAGAGAUCGGGGACCGGAGCGGGGAGCUGACGGCCCAGGUGAACAUGGCCCAGCUCAGGUCAGCCCUCGGCUUGGGCCCCGGGGACGAGGACGUGGGCACGGCUCAGCAUUAUUCCGGCUAUGAAGCACAAGGAGCCAGGCCAAAGAGACUCCAAAGAAACAGCAUGGACAGCUUAGACCUCCUGAAGUUCCCUUCUGAAAAGGACCAGAAUGGGGACAGCCAUCACGUGGGAGACCUGAAGAUCUCGGGCAAAGAGUUCUUGUCUUUACCUGCAAGGUCGAAGAAAUACCGGGAGCACCAACCCACUUCAGAGAGAAGGCCCCAGGGGUCAAGUACAUCACCGCUGGAUGCCAGCGAAGUCCGAGUCCAGGUGUCACAGUCGAAGAUCAACCGGACCCCUUCGGACGAGGAAUGCUUCUUUGACCUGCUGAGCAAGUUCCAGAGCAACCGGAUGGAUGAUCAGCGCUGCCCGCUGGAGGAAUGCCCAUCGGAGGCUGCAGAGGCAGCUGCCACACCAGUCCCUGCCCUGGGAGAACGGAUCUCGCAGUCCUCCCUGAUGGCGUCCCCGCAGACGGAGGAGUUCUUUGAUCUCAUCGCCAGCUCCCAGAGCAGACGGCUGGACGACCAGCGCGCCAACGUGGGCAACCUGCCCGGCCUCCGGAUAACCCACAACAACCUGGGGCACCUGCGCGUGGAGGGGGACGCUCAGGAGCCCGGCGAUGAGUUCUUCAACAUGCUCAUGAAAUGUCAGUCCUCCAGGAUAGAUGACCAGCGCUGCGCCCCACCUGACUCCAUCCCCCGUGGCCCCACUAUGCCAGACGAAGACUUCUUCAGCCUUAUCCAGCGCGUCCAGGCCAAGCGCAUGGAUGAGCAGAGGGUAGAUUUGGCCUCAGCCCAGGAGGAGGCAGCAGAGGAGCAGCAGAGGCCUGGUUCCAGCUAAGAACUGGGGUUCAGGUUGGGGGGUUUGGUUUCAGUUUGUGUUUUUUUUUUUAAAGAGAACUAAGUGUAGGUGGUUUCAAAGCUGAGUGCUCCUGCGCUACCACAGACUUCUCCCAGGAGCGACCCGAGCCGUGGGGAGCUGGAGCUCAGUGCACUGCAUGUGGCUGCUCUGCGGAGGCAGUGCCACAAAAAGGCCCACCAGACGGGGAACGGUUUUUAAACAAGGGGUUUUUUUAGGACGUGCAGCCAGUGUAACACUGGGCCCAGCACCAGGGAAGAAGACUUUGGCAGUCCCUUUGCUUGUCACCUAAAAGCCCAGGAACUUGUGCUGUCAGCCGAAGGAGGAGCCCGGAGCAGGUAGCUACAUCCAGCCUUGAUGUCCUUUAUUUCCAAAACACUUUUAAUUUAAUGGGGGAAGGGAAGAGCACCUUUUUCAUUUUCAAGUCCUCCUGUCUUAUUUGCAUCACGAGGUGACAGAUUGCUCUGGAUCCUUUCCUGGAAUAUCUUGCUCAACUUUGUUCUUGCUAAAGGAGGAAAUGAGCUCAAGUCAGCGGCAACACAGGUCCUUUUAAACCUGACCCCCGCCCUGGCUGCAGCCAUGGUCCCCCCACUUUAGUUUGUUCUGGGGUUGCUGUGAGCACCCUGUGCUGUUCCUCCCCUCCGCUUCCCCAGCCACUCGUGUGCAGAGCUGUACUGGAACCUCCUGCGCAGGAUCCAAGGCUCUCCCACCCGUAGCUUCAGUGGAAUUUGGAGACCCCCAGCAAAACCCCAGCCUGGGACAAAGCCUGAAAGGUAACUGCCAGCUGGGCAGCGCCAACUGCAGCCCCGAGACAGGAAUCUGUGCCCGGGAAGGGAGGAAGACGGUCUCUGCCCAUCUGCUCAGCACAGAACACAAACUUAGGCAACGCAUUGCUUCUGCUGCAGCUGGGCCAGAAGCCUCGUACAGGAUUGAAUCGUGUGCCCGAGGCAGAAACCUGCAUUUGGCACUGACCUGCUUCGAGAGCUACAAAGCCUUCUGGUCACCGCUUGCGAUGAGAGUGAGCAGAA